AUGUCGACUCUAUCAUCUCCACGUCCGUCCAUUGCCUCCUCUCGAGCCCACUCCCCGGGCCCGGCCUCCUCCCGCCCAUCACUCGAUGCCUCGAACACCAAUGUCAGCGGGGGGCUCAGCGCCGCAUCUACCCCAUCCACCGCACGAGCUCUCUCCCCCUCACUCCAUUUGCGACGCAAUCGCAGCGCCCUGCGAGACUACUACAACCUCAAACCUCCUGGAGCAGACACAUCUGCCUCCCGAGACCCAUCUCGCUCCCGGAGUGUGCCGCGGAACACAGAUGCAGGAGAUAUCUCCGACCCAACCGCUCUAGGAUCAGGAACGGAGCUCGACAGUGCAGACUUCGACCCGCAGCGGUAUGUCGAGCAUCUCUUGUCAUCGUCGUCCCUAUCUACGGUGCUCAAGGCUGAGAAUACAUUGGUUGGGGAUAUCCGCACUCUCGACGGAGAGCGGAAGGCGCUGGUCUACGAUAACUACUCGAAGUUGAUCCGCGCUGUGGAGACAAUUGGGAAAAUGCGGCGUAGUAUGGAUGAUCGCGGUGCGCCGUUGACUAUGACGAAAACGCUUGGUCCGGCUAUUGCUUUUGUUGCUGAGACUGCUGGUGGGCUCAUUAAGGAAGGUGAGGAGCAGCGCCGCCGAAUGAAGGAAGCGAAACAGGAAGACGAAGCUUCAACUCAGAAGCGCGAGAAGGAUACUGUUCGGUGGGUGCUUGCUGCACCGCAGAGAUUGGAGAAGCUCGUGGCGGAGGAUAAACAAGAGGAUGCGGAGAAAGACUGGAAAGAGAUUCAGCAUUUACUCGACGCUUGGGGUGAUGUUAAGGGGGUUGCUGAGAUUCGGGGAGGGUGUGAGAAAGUCAUGAACAGGGAACGUCACGAUGGCUGA